AUGGUUCGUGCCAAGCAAAACUCAACCUACGUCUGUCGUAAAACUGCCAGUAUUGAAGAAAAGAAGAAACGUAAAUAUCGAUAUCGUCCAGGAACUCUUGCUUUGAGUGAAAUUCGUCGUUACCAAAAAAGCACCGAGCUUUUGAUUAGAAGAUUACCGUUUCAACGUCUGGUACGCGAGAUAGCUCGAGAUUUCAAAUCUGACUUGCGUUUUCAAAGUGCAGCAAUUGGAGCUUUGCAAGAAGCGAGUGAAAUGUACCUGGUCGGUUUGUUCGAAGAUACAAUUUUAUGUGCAAUUCAUGCUAAACGUGUGACGAUUAUGCCGCGUGAUUUGCAAUUAGCUAGACGAAUGAGAGGUGAUAAGAAUUGA